UAUACAGACUUGGUGCGUUGACGAUGCUUCUUCGCAGUUGGUUCUUGUGACGUCAGGCCAACAAUAGGCGCACGACGGGGUAGAGAGGUGUGCACCGGAAGGCUAUACGGCAUGGGUUGCCGUGGUUACUGCGGAAUGUAUAUCGAUGGUAAGCACAAUGCCACUCAGGCCUGUGCUAAAGAGAAAUGCCCCGACUAUAGUUGUUCAGACUCGGAUGUGGCGACGAAGUGAGCAGCCUCAGCAGGAAGGAGGGUCCGAAAAGGCAACGGAAGAGGCGCCUAUCCACGUUAGUGGAAACGAGGAGGAUACCGAGGAUGAGAGGCUGCGGGCCGAAGAGGAAGAAUGGGCUCGUCGACGCGCGCUAGAAAGGGAUUUUGAGAAAGUGAAGGCCGAGAAAAGUGGGGAGGAGUCGAGUAAAACGAAGAACAUUUACUCAAUCCCCGUGGAGCAGGGGAUCAAUACUGAGCGACUCGUUGAUAAGAUCCUGGAGAGUCAGGGCGACUUGGUCACACUGAAGGAAAUUUUGGCGGUCGAGAUUGGACAACAGGAGUACUCGGCGCUCAUCGCCGAUGAGGCCGAGAUGAACAUCAUUCGCAAGCGCCAUGCCAUCGAGGCUUGGUUGAAAAUCAACCGAGACGACUACGGGUUUUUGGAAGGAGCUAGUGGAUUGACUCCCUUCUGCGGGACCUCCAGUGGCGUCCUGGUCGCAAUCGAAAAAGUUAAGGUCCGUGCUUAUUUCUACAUGUUACCGAGAGUGGAACACGAGGUGCUUCUGGGAAGGGCAUUUCUAUGUCGGUCGGAAAGCAUCAUUAUCAACAAGCAUGAUGAAACCAUGUUUGUGACCCUCUGCGAUCCUGUCUGUGGUUACUACGAGGUGGUCAAGUGUGCGAACACUGGACCCUAUUGUUCGCGGAACCGACUGAACCCGAAAUCUUAUACCUUCCGGGAGUCAAAAAAGUUGAGAAGGGAGAAGGAAUCACCAGAGGAGGAGCCGAAUCCUCGCGAGUUUUCGCUGACCCUGCCUAAUAUUGGACAGGCGGUCGAGUUUGUGUCGACAUAUUCAGCGAUUGAUCUAAACGUGGUGCAAGCAUUGACCGAGGUCAUCACGGACACCGGGAGCGCAGGAACUAUGCGCCUUGUUUACUCCCCGACGGAGGGGAAUAGGGAAGAGGACCAAAGAUUGCCCUCUACUCGACAGGGUCCUUUUUUAGAGGACGCUGACUUGACACCGACGCGAAGCGUACAUACAAGAAGGUUUGCCGCCAGGGUGGAGCACUUGCGGAAGCUUGUACGCAAAGGCCAAGAGUGGGAAUGGGGUCCGAAGCAGCAAACAACCGUGGAGGACAUAAAGACUAAGUUCCGUGAGGGCGGCUUGAUCCUUCGAGUUCCUUUCUUCGACGAUGAUAAGGACCGUCCUUUUGUUAUUAAGACUGAUGCGGGUCCCACAGCCCUAGGAGGGGUCUUGAUUCAGAAGGAUGCUGAGGGGCAAGAAAAACCUCUCAGAUCUGAGAGCAGGACUCUGAAUGCUGCUGAGAGAAACUAUUCACAGUUUAAAAAGGAAACUUCGGUUGUGCUUCAUUGUCUCCGAGUCUUUCGGAACUAUGUGUUUGGUAGACGCUUUAUCCUGCGGGUGGAUCCGACUGCUUUGGCUCAAUCCUUAAGGAAUUACUCACCUUCUAAACCCACCAUUGCGCGAUGGUUGACUUUGAAAUUGAGCGGAUUUCGGGAAAGUCAAAAUCGCGAAGAUGGGUUGAGUCGGGCUGAAUGGCGUCCAGAGUUGGAUCAGGCAGAAGGAUUAGUUCCGGUCGAUGCGUUUCUGAAGCAAGAAGAGUCGCAAUUGAGUAUUAACUUUUUUACCUACUUGACUAAUGCGGCCACUCAAUAUGGGAGAUCGAUAUGGAAUGCUCCUACCUUUCACGAGGUACGUUCAUAGCUCGUGGUGGAGGAGCCUUUCAUUGAGGAGGACCCAUGGGGCGAGCAGACCUCAGAAGAGAUGAUGAGGCUGGCCUUGACCGAUGACAUCGACCUUGUGCUUGAUCCGCUGACGAUUGAAUAGGGCCAUAGGCAGGUUUAUAACACUUUCCAGACCGUUGGAAGGAUGCCAUUCAUCAUGAAUUUGUUAGUUUAUGAGGAUCGCCUGAGGUUAAUGAAUGCAGAGAAAGGAG